AUGCCUCUGUUGCCCAGCGAGCUGCAGGGGCGCUCCCGCCGGCCGACGCGUGGCGCGGGCGGAGGUGCGGGCAGGCAGUCGCGAAAGGACACCCGGCGCGUCGUGCGCCUGGUGCUCGCCAACCUCGCGCUGGUGGCUCUCCUGUACUGGAUGCUCUUCGCGCGGGGCGGAUCGACGAGCGCGUCGUCGAGGGCCCCCGCGCGUCAUCGGUACUCGAACGGUUGGAUGUCGCGAAAGGAGAUGCUGGACAUGCAGCGACCUCCGGGCGCGAUGGACCUGGCAGAGAGCGCGUGGAACACCGCGCAGGAGGACAUCCGCGCCAUGCGGGAGUCUCUGAGACACGCCGGGCAGAACCUGCACCAGGUGCGAAAGGCGCGCCACCUCGGCGACGAUGACGAUGACGAGGGCGCGUGGGACUCCCAGGGGAACCCGCGAGUCCGCGGCGCGCGCGCGGGGAAGCGCGGGGCGCGGCGAGAAGGCUCCGGCGCGUCGUCGCUCGGCGAGGUGACCGAACCCUGGCUCGUGGUCGGCGUCCCAACCGCGCCUCGCGCGGGUGACGCCGACUACCUCACGGAGACCCUCGAGACCCUCCUCGACGAGCUCCCCGACGACGCGCGACACCCGCUGUUCCGCAGGGUCCUCGUCGUCGUCAUGAACGCCAAGCCCGGGCGGCACGAGGUGUUCGAUCGGGUCCGCGCUCGUUUCGGGUCAUCCGGGUCAUCCGGGUCAUCCGGGUCGUCCGACGACGAGUUCGCCGCCAAGGCGAAGACCUACGUGCGUUUCAUGGACAGCCCGGGGACGUACGGGGACCCGACGCCGAAUAAACCGGACCCCGACGACCUUGACAACCCGGGGAACAUCCCCGGGCACGCGGUGCGUCAGCAGACGGCGGAUCUGGCCACGCUCAUCGACGCAGCCGCGGCGGAGUCCGGCCCGGGCGCAUCCGCUCCCUACUUCAUGUUCAUGGAGGAUGACUUCAGGACGUGCGCGGGUACGAUGAAGGCGCUGACGUACUUGGUGGAAAAGGCGGACGCCGUGUACCCGCAGUGGCUGGGCGUCAGGUUCAGCUACGGCAUGAACGGGGUGGUGAUGCGGCGGAAGGAUCUGCCUCCCUUUGCCGAGUACCUCGCGACGCACGUGUCGAGGCAACCGCCGGAUAUACUGUGGCGCGAGUGGGUGGAGGGGAGGCGCGAGGAUGUGCGAUCGCACACGCUCGGACGGAAGGUUCUGGUGUACAAGUGGAACCUGAUGGAGCACGUCGGGGAGGUGAGCACGUUUGCGGUGCGGCCCAACCGGCCAAAGUGGCCGCGGUGUUACGACCAGAUGAAGGAGGUGUGGAGCCUCAGCACCGCGGAGAAGUUCGACGGACUGAGGUGCGACGACGUGGACGUGAGCCCGUGCGUAAAGAGGCUACGGGUGAACAUGGAGGACUGGCGUGGGGCGACGCCGUCCUUUCCCUGGACUAGGCAAUAG